AGCGUUAGAUUUCAUGUAUUUUGUUUUUUCGCAAUGGCUUCAAAAGGACCCCAAUGCUAUGCAAUAAAUUGUACCACGUACAAGAAUCCACAGAGCCGAGCGGAAGGCGUCACAUUUCACAAGUUUCCAAGUGCUGAAAAAAAUCCAGAUCUUUUGCGUGUAUGGAUUCGCAACUGUAAGAGGAUGAAACAACCGUCUAAAUACAGCCUUGUGUGCAGUAAGCAUUUUGAAGAUGCUUGUUUUGACCGAACAGGCCAAAUAACUCGCCUGAGAGAAGGAGUAGCCCCCACUAUUUUCAAUCUGCCUCCUCAUUUACAGCUCAAAACGUCCAAAGUAAGGAGUACCCUGAAUUCAUGCAAUGAAAAGCUUGAAGGAAUUGAAUCAUCUGCUGUUGACCCAAAUGAUGUAGAGUACUUAGAUAAAAUUGUAAUAAAUCAGGAUCAUUCAUAUACCAGUUCCCCAAUGAAAUGGAAAAGGAAACUGCAGGAAGCGGAGGCAAAGCUUGAAACUGCCAGAAAGAAGUUACAUAAUUGCCAGAGACGAGAGCAAAGAUCAAAACAAACUUGUCAAGUUCUGGUGCAUGAUCUAUAUGAAAAGAAUAUGAUCAAUAUGGAAUUACGCUCUAAGCUAGAUUCAUAUGGAGAUAUCCCAUGUGAGCUUUUCAAGAGACCGUCAAAGGAUUACACUAGUGAUCAAAGAGAUUUUGCCUUGUCUUUACACUUGAGUUCUCCAAAGGCAUAUGAUUACCUUCGUGAAACUGUCAAGAUUUGUCUUCCGCACCCAAGAUCUCUGAGACGUUGGAUAGAAAGUGUGGAUUCGGCACCAGGAUUGAAUGUUGCAAUGCUGGAGGUACUUAGAAAAAAAAAAACACAGUCCCCAGAUGAAUAUACAAGUUGUUGCCUAAUGAUUGAUGCUAUGGCUAUCCGUCGCCACAUAGAUUACAACUGGCAUGAUGGUACGUAUAGUGGCUAUGUAGAUAUGGGUCAUGGUGCUGAAAAUGGGGAAGCUAAAGAAGCUCUUGUCUUCAUGUUAGUUGGACUGAGUGGUGGAUGGAAAGCACCCAUUGCUUACUUCUUCACCAAGGUCUUGACAGCUGAGACCCAGAAGCAACUGGUUCAUCAUACCAUUGAUAAACUGCAUGAAUUAGGCUUUCAGGUGCAUGCAUUAACUAUGGAUGGCCAUGCCACCAAUGUUUCCAUGUGUACUUUGCUUGGUGCUAACUUUGAUUUCACAGGAAAUAAUUUGCAAACAUACAUUACUACUGGUCUACCACACAAAACGUGCAUAAUUUUUGACGUCUGCCAUAUGAUAAAACUUUUGAGAAACAUGCUUCAGGCCUAUGGUGCUUUAGUUACAUCUGAUGGUAAAGUUUCCUGGCAGUACCUGAGUUUGCUCAAUACAGUGCAGGAAGAGGACGGUCUUAGAUUGGGUAAUAAGAUAUCAUCUCGUCACAUCAUGUUUUUCAAGCAGAAAAUGAAGGUGUCAUUAGCUACACAGCUAUUCUCUUCAUCUGUUGCCAAGGCUCUACGUACCAUGAAAGAUAUUGGUGAUAGGAGGUUUGAGGAUUGUCUUGCAACUGUAAAGUUUAUUGAGGUCAAUGUGUGGGAAAGGUUUAAUUAUUGCAAUUGAAUCUACAUUGACCAUAGCACACCAAGUUCUUGGUAAUCAGAAAUAUCUGCUAUGCUACAAAUUAAGCCAGGACCACUUAGAAUUGUUUUUCAAUGCGAUCCGGCGGGGUGGUGGUUGGAAUAACAAUCCCUCUGCAAAAGUUUUUGAAAGCUCUUUCAAGAGAAUCAUUACCCAUUGUGGUGCUUUGAAGGUUUCCAAAGAAGGGAAUUGUAUCGCCCAGGAUGACACAAGUCUUGUGCAAGCCAGUACAUCGACUUACUUGCCACCAGAUGCAGGGAAAUCGGAAAAUGAUGAUGAUGGUAAUGGUGAACUUGACUUGUAUGAAGUAGAAGCAAGGAACCUCUUGGACCACAGCUACAGCAAAAACCAACUGUCUUUGGUUACCCUGAAUAUCAUUGUGUACAUUUCAGGGUGGAUCAUCCGUAAGCUUUCAACACAGUUGUCAUGUCAAAUCUGCAAAGAUUCUUUGACUGGGUAUCCCUCUGAUAACUGUGGUGUCUUCCAUCUUUUGAAGAACAAGCAAAAUGGUGGACUGUUGACCCCAUCACAAAGUCUAGUGUAUGUAGUGAUGUCUGCAGAAAAGCACUUAAGGAGGAUGACAGAUGUUUGUCGUGUGAACUCUUCAUUAAACUUGUUGCGUCUUCAAACAUGUGUUUUAACAGACUGUCUUGCUGUUGAUUUAUUUGACUCAAACCAUGGCUAUGAAACUCAUGAAGGUGUUGAAAACCAUAAUUUGUCUUUAAUUAGAUCAGUUGUCUCAGUUUUCUUCAAACUAAGACAGCAUCACAUUGUAAAACUGCACAACCUCCACAAGCAAUUUGAUAACUGCAGACACACUUUAACAAAGUCCAUUUUGUUUAAAGGACAAUGAGCCUUUAUUUUUUAUAUGGAAAGUAGAGGCACCCAAUCUUACUAGAAAACUGGUGUAUGUAGUAAUGUCUGCAGAAAAGCACUUAAAGAUUGGUUCCCGCGUACAAACUGGGUGAUUUAAUGGUAUAUAUGGACUAAAAACAUAUUCAAACUAAUUAAUUUGUCAUAAUUAUGCUUCAAAUCCUUCUCAAACAUUGUAAUUACGAAGGAAUGCCCUGCUAUUAAAAUUCGAUCAAACCAGGUUAUGUUAACGUCACGUCUUGGAAGUCAGAGGUGAAUUCAUUGAAUACAUAAGACGAUGUUGUCUUUUAUCGCUUACUAUUAUCGAAUCCUAAUUAAAUUCUCGGAUUAUCCACUGUUCGCUUGUGACCUUUGACAUCACGCAUGCAGAAAUUCUUAAUCAUCGGGCUGUUGAUUAGGGGAACCCUUACAUUUUUAUCCUGUAUACUCUCCAUGAGUGUUUUUCGGGGAAUCCAGUAUUUUUCUAGUAAGAUUGGAUAUCUCUACCUUCCAUAUAUACCAAAAUUGCCAUACUUUUAUUGGAAAUAACCACCCUAUAAAUAAUUUUCUGGGAACCCAUCUUUAAGCAGGUUGACAGAUGUUUGUCGUGUGAACUCUUCAUUAAACUUGUUGCGGCCUCAAACAUGUGUUUUAACAGACUGUCUUGCUGUUGAUUUAUUUGACUCAAACCAUGGCUAUGAAAAUCAUGAAGGUGUUGAAAACCAUAACUUGUCUUUAAUUAGAUCAGUUGUCUCGGUUUUCUUCAAACUAAGACAGCAUUGGCAACCUCCACAAGCAAUUUGAUAACUGCAGACACACUUUAACCAAGUCCAUUUUCUUUAACUCUUAACUGACCCAUGUGGACAUUUAUAACAUUACCAUUAAAGUACAUAUGUCGACUUUUGUCGACAUUUCGGUUAGCCAAAUGCAGCAUUCAUAGCUUAAUGAGAGUUACUUCCCAUAUAAACAGACAACCUUCCUUGCUUUGUUUGCAUCCUGUUUGACAUGUUAAAACAGAUAUUUAAAAAUCAGCACUUAACAGUGGUAAAAAAACAGAUUUUAAGUUGAAAUGAGAGUUGGUUUAUUCAUCAUAACAUUAUGAGUUAUAAGACCCUUUGUUACAUGAUUACAUUAAAUAAUCCGGCGACGCCUUUAUAUAUACAAUGGUGGUGACAUCGCAGGAUUUUAAAAUUUAUAGGAUUUACAAUAAAAGAUUGUUAAAACAAAAGUAGAUUAUUAAAGGAGCCAAGUCUCUAACUCAGUAUUAUCCAUAAUCUUCGACAUAAGAGACACGAAUUAGAAUUUAAUAUUGGUCCAUUUCAUUCAAUAUUGAUGUUAUUAUCUUGCCAUGAACAUAAGGGCUCCUGAUAUCCAAUAUUUAAGACACAAUGAAUGUUUUAAAAUCAAAACACGAGUCGUGUACUCUAAUGCUCUCAAGUGCCAGUUGUAAUGAGGCGUAUUGAGUAACGAGGCAAAGCAUCAGUGCAGAAAAGAAAUAUCAAAUCUUACUUGUGAUGUAGACUGGACUUACCAGGCAUGAGCGAUUGGCAUUCAAUUUUCGACGAAAAUAACUGAUUAGAAGUUACAAUUAAAAUGUUGAAAAUAUGAAUGUAAAGCAGUUUAUAUACACUCAUAUUACAUUAAUACGUGCUUUAUGAUCCAUUUUAGGUGCCAAAGAUUAGAGAUUUAGCUUCUUUAAAUUUAUCCAAAUUUAAUGAUUUACAUGAUUAUUGGUAAAGAUGCAUUAUUUAAGAUUUAUACAAAGAGCUGGCCAUUCUCGCUAUAAUAGUUUAAAAAUAUAUAAUUUAAAAUGAAUAUAUUGAAAAUUUCAGUCAAAUUACUUUAUUCAGGGCGCAUUUAUGAGCUUUGGAAAUGUUGAGGAGAAAUAGUAUACUUGUAGUCUCGAUUGUCGAUCAAUAUAUUCCCAAGAUAAUAAGCGAAGACUCGAUUGUCCACCAACCGCUAAGGUGAUAUUAUUAUUUAAUGGGUGCGGUGUUCUAAUCUACAUAAAGUCGGAGCCAUCCUAUGGUCUAGAGAGUUUAUUAUGGCCUUGUUAUGUAAAUGUCUAAAUAGUAAUUUAUAUUACAUUUGAAUCCAGAAAAAGACCUGCAAUAGGCAGAUUUAGCUCUUACAUAAUGCAUCUUUAAAUAAAAAAUGAUUAAUCAAAUUAUAUAAAAAAUAAUAUUAUAUAAAUUGUGUUUAAAAAAAUGAUUAUCACAAAUUUAAGUAAUUUUAUAGUUAUUGAAUCAAUCCAGUAU